AUGCAAUCAGCAGAAGAUGCUUUGGACUUCCUUUCGGAGAGUCAGAAACGCGGUGUCGCAGGUUUAUGUGCUUGUCUUCUACCCGCUGUCUCCGAUGGCUCGAUUGACAUAUUAUGGUCGCGAACGUACCUGAAGCUACUGGUGGAGCAAUUUUUGAGACUUUCUAGUAGCCAAACCGAGGCCUAUUUACCCAUUUUGAUGUCGAGACAGUUGCAAUUGGCUGAAAAGAUGCACAUACCGUCACGUGGUACAUCUCCUUUCGUAGACGACUUUGACCCCGCCCCUUUUCUGGCUCAAGUGACACCUAAAAAUGCCACAGACACGACUCGAUGUUCUCGAGCGUGGACGAAACUGACGACGCCCAAAAAAGACCAAUCAGAAGCAAGGAAGCAAUUGAACAAUUCGGUCAUAAGUGACGCACUGGACGAGUCCCACGUGCGCUUCGGGCCAGAACAUUGA